AUGAUAGAUGGACUUAUAAUGCUUGCAUUUCUGCCUAUUUCUUUGCUUCUUGCAAUCUCAGCUGUCCAAAAUUGUUCUUCGACAAUUGCUAUCACAUAUAAAAAAUUCUUAUCAGUUGUAAAACCCAGAUAUUUUCCAUCUGGGCUGAAAGCACUAGAAUUCAAGAGCUCACCUAUAAUGAAUUUUAAGUCCAGAUGCUUUAGAUGUCAUUUGACACGUCUUUCUUCUCUAGGUUCUCUUGCUAUCCUGCAUGAUCUACAUCAUCAUAAAAACUUGUAG